AUGGCGAACCUUCAGACAUAUCUACAGGAGCUUGAGAGGGAUUUUACGGUUGAUACCGCUAAGCUCAAGCAUAUCACUAACCACUUUAUCGAUGAGUUGGAUAAAGGAUUGAGUGUCAAGGGCGGCAGCAUCCCUAUGAAUCCAACAUGGGUAAUGCAACAACCAACCGGCAACGAAACAGGAAAAUAUCUCGUCCUAGAUCUAGGCGGCACAAACCUCAGAGUAUUCUCCGUCGAACUAACGGAAGAAAAGUCUGGCUUCAAAGUCAACCAGGUCACGCACAGACUCCCCAAAGAACUGAGGACAGGACCCGCUGAAAGGCUUUGGGAUUUUGUCGCUGGACAUCUCGAGGAAUUCCUCAAAACAGCUGAUUUUGAAGCUGGAACAAACACCGACUUGAGCUUUAUUUUCUCUUUCCCUACAACGCAGCGAACUAUUGACGAGGGUAUUCUUCAGAGGUGGACAAAGGGCUUUGAUGUUGCUGACUGUGAAGGUCGCGAUAAACUCCCUCUCAAGGUCCGAGUCGUAACGAACGACACAACCGCCACGAUGAUGGCCUCGGCAUACAUCAACCCCGAGACCGCAAUUGGCUGCGUUUUCGGCACGGGCUGCAACGGCGCCUACUUCGAACGAUGCCAAUCCAUUCCCAAGCUCGACAUGGAAGGACUUCCCGCUGAAGCUCUCAUGGCGAUUAAUUGCGAAUGGGGCGCUUUUGACAACGAGCAUAUGGUCUUGCCUCUGACGUCAUUUGAUAUCGCUAUUGAUGAUGCGUCGCCGAGGAAGGGACAGCAGGCGUUUGAGAAGAUGGUGGCGGGGUUGUAUCUUGGGGAGUUGUUUCGGUUGAUUAUGCUUGAUGUUAAGAAGAGGGAUGAUACGUUUUGGGAGGGACAGAGUCUGGAGAAGAUGCAGGAGCCUUAUUUUAUGGAUUCAUCGUUUUUGUCGACGAUUGAAGAGGACACGUCGGAGGAUUUCAAGGUAUCAUAUGACCUAUCUGUCGCCAAGCUCGGAGUAUCUCCAAAUCUUCAAGAGCUCGAGUUCAUGAGGAGCGUCGCGACGCUGAUAACAACCCGCGCGGCGCGUCUUUCAUCAACAGGCGUAGCAGCGAUAUGCUUGAAGAGGAACCUAAAGACAUGUCAUGUUGGCGUUGAGGGAUCCUUGUUUGAGAAACAUCCUCAUUUCAAACGGGAGCUAUCCAAAGCGUUGGGUGAGAUUCUCGGCUGGGAGAACUCGUCGCCCAGUGGCAAGGAUGAUGUGGAGUUUUUGCUUUCGCCUGGAAGUGGUGUUGGUGCAGCUGUCAUUGCGUCAACCCUUACUAGAAGCAAGCAUGAAAUUUAA